UUUUAUAAUUUAACAAUAUUUAUCUCCAAAAAAAUAAAAAAAUAAAACUGUGGAGAUCAUCUUGAUCAAGAAUUAAGAUUGAAUGCGAUGCAUUAUUCAACAGCCGCCAUGGAUGAAGAAGCCCUAUUCUUCCCUUCUUCAGACACAGAUCUAGACUUGAGCUUCACCAGCAUCGCCUCCACCGACCGCACCACCACCACCACCACCACCAGCGCCCGCACCAGCUUGGCCCGCAGCAGCCUUACUCUCAGCUUCAACGACCGCCUCUCCACCACCGCCGAGACUUACAACACCACCACCUCCUCUUCCUCUUCCUCCCUCCUCCGCUCCCAUCGCCGCUCUUCUGACGACCCUCAUUGGUCCGCCAUCAAGGCUGCCACCACCCUCUCCUCCGACGGUGCCCUCCACCUUCGCCACCUCAAGCUCCUCCGCCACCUCGGCACUGGCAAUCUUGGGCGCGUCUUUCUUUGCCGCCUCCGCGACUACGACAACCAUGCCAACGCCAACUUUGCGCUUAAGGUCGUGGAUAAGGAGUCUCUUAGUGCCAAGAAGCUCUCCCACGUGAAGACGGAGGCGGAGAUCCUCUCCACCCUAGACCAUCCUUUUCUCCUGACUCUCUAUGCGCACAUAGAAGUCUCCCACUACACCUGCCUCCUCAUCGACUACUGCCCCGGCGGCGACCUCCACGCGCUCCUCCACCGGCAGCCCGGCAACCGCCUUCCUCUCAAGGCGGUCAAAUUCUUCGCCUCCGAGGUCCUCGUUGCCCUCGAGUACCUUCACUCGCUCGGCAUAGUCUACCGGGACUUGAAACCGGAGAACAUCCUCCUCAGAGAGGACGGCCACAUCAUGCUCUCCGACUUCGACCUCUGCUUCAAGGCCGACGUGGUCCCCAUUCUCGUCCAGUACACCACCAGCACCCCCACCCGCAGCCGCGCGGGCUCCCUGUCUUGUUUCGGGGAGGACGAAGAGGAGGUGGUUACGACGGAUAUUGUCGCGGAGCCGACGGCGGCGUUCUCGAGGUCGUGCGUCGGGACCCACGAGUACUUGGCGCCGGAGUUGGUUGCUGGAAAUGGACAUGGGAAUGGGGUGGACUGGUGGGCGUUUGGGGUGUUGAUAUACGAAUUGGCUUACGGUACGACGCCGUUUAAGGGUGGGAGCAAGGAGAGUACCCUGCGCAAUAUAGCAUCGACCAGGGAUGUGAGAUUUCCCGAGAAUGACGAAGAAGAAGGAGAAGAGAUGUCGUUGUUGAGAGAUUUGGUGGAGAAGCUGCUGGUGAAGGAUCCCAGGAGGAGGCUAGGAUGCGCCAGGGGUGCCACGGACGUUAAACGACACCCAUUCUUCAGAGGGAUUAAGUGGGCUUUGAUCAGAAACUACAAGGCACCGGAGGUGAGAGGACUGCCGAGGAAAACGACGAUGACUAAAGGGCACGUGACAACGCACGUGAGUAGCCACAGGAGACGGCGGCUCUCGCGGUGGUUGGUGAGCUGGAAGGGAUCGGUGCUACUCGGUUGCUACAAGAAGAAGAAACCGUGUCGUUUCGUACACGUUUAAGGAUCGAUCUCAUUUCAAUAUUAAUAUUUCACCCUAUAGUACACAUCCAUGUUCCAAUCACAAGAUUUUACGAGUUUCUUUUUGCUUUCUUUUAUUUUUCUUUUCGUCAGAUGAAAAAGAAAAAAAAAAAUCUAGUGGAGUACUACACAUGACACUGUAAAGAAGUUAUAAAUAUAUAUGUUAGGGAGAAAGA